AUGGAGGGCGCUGCGCAGAUCAUCCUGAGCAAUGUUGGGCAGCUGGUGGGCGAUGAGUUUCGGCAGCUCCGCGCCGUUGGCGGUGAGGUUGCGGAGCUGAGAGACGAACUGGCCACCAUGAACGCUCUGAUGCGCAUGCAGACUGAAGCCGAGGACGGCGCCGUGGACCACUUCAUCCGGGAGUGGAUGAAGCAGCUGCGCGAGCUGGCCUAUGACGCCGAGGACUGCAUCCAUCUCUACAUGUUCCGUGUCAAAGGCCGUUUUGGCGACGGCUUUCUGGUCUGGUCUAAACACCUGCUUGCGACCUUCUUCCCUCGCCGUCGGCUCGCUGGCGACAUCAAGUCCCUACGAGCCCGUGCUGUCUCCAUCAGCGAACGCCAUGCUCGCUAUGGCAUCAGCCGCGAGGCACUGCGCCGCUCUCCGUCCUUAGCCCCUAUGCUGCUGGCAGUGUCGGCGUCGCUCCGCUCUGUCAACGACCCUGGUCAGUUCGUCGGCAUCCACGACCAGGCUAACUCCCUUGCCGAGAAGGUGAACGCGGUGAGUGACAAAGACGGUGACAAGAAGCUCAAGGUGUUCUCCAUCGUGGGUUUUGGGGGGCUCGGUAAAACAACGCUGGCUAUGGAGGUGUGCCGGCAGCUGGAGACAGAGUUCGACCGCCAAGCACAGGUAUCGGUGUCUCAGGCGUUUGACGGCCGGAAGGACCUGCAAGGACUGCUGAAGCGCGUGAUUCGUCAGAUUGAGGAGGCGAAAGCACAAGAUAAGAAGGCCAUCGACCAAAAUGAAGAGGUUGCCGCCCAUAACAUCGACACCAUGGAUGUGAACCUUGCCAGCAAGCUGAAGGUGCUUCUCGCGGAUAAGAGGUACCUUAUUGUGAUCGAUGAUGUAUGGACAAUAGAAGCGUGGGAUGCAAUCCGGACCCAAUUUCCAGUAAGUAAAUGUGGUAGCAGAAUCAUUGUGACCACCAGGAUAGAAACUAUGGCCAAAGAAUGCAGUGAUCCAAGUGUUUCCGAUCAUUACAUCUACCGAAUUAAGCCACUCAAUAUAGAAUACUCCAAGAAGCUAUUUCUCAGCAGAGCAUUUGGUUCCAUGAAUGCUACUUACCCAAAAGAGUUGGAAGAUAUAAUGAAGAAUAUUUUAAAAAAGUGUGCUGGGCUGCCAUUGGCCAUUGUUAGCAUUGGCAGCCUCUUGGCUAGCUACAACUCUCCCGAGAGCAAAAGUGGCUGGGAAACAAUCUGCAACUCCAUUGGUUCACAGAUGGAGAGCAACCCCAGCCUUGAGGGGAUGAAACAGAUACUGACACUCAGCUACAACCACCUGCCUUAUUACCUAAAGGGUUGCAUGAUGUAUUUUAGCAUUUUCCCUGAGGAUUAUGAGAUCAACAAGAAUCGGCUAUUGUAUAGGUGGAUUGCCGAAGGAUUGGUUGAGGGGAAGCGAGGAUUGACUCCGUUGGACGUUGCGGAAGCCUACUAUUAUGAGCUAAUGAGUAGAAGUGUGAUUAGUCCGGCAUCCGCUGUUGACUAUGAUGGGAGGGGACGGGUUGAAGCAUGCCGGGUGCAUGACAUGAUGCUCGAGGUCUUGGUGUCCAAAUCCUUGGAAGCUAUCUUCGUUAGCCUAGUUGGUGGGCAAUUUGAGGGGAUGUCGUAUGGCCGCAUUCGUCGCCUUUCCAUCCAUGGUGUAGAACAGGAACCUAAUACGGGCUCUCCAUCCAAGAAAGGGGCAGUGGCACGUCUUCAGAGGAACAACAUGGAGAGCAUGGACUUGCAGCAUGUCCGAUCAUUGAGCAAUUUUGAGCUCCAAGGAAAGAAGCUGUUUGAUCGUCUGGGAGAGUUCACCCUGCUGAGGGUUCUUGAUCUGGAAGACUGCAAGGGCCUAGAAAACAAGGAUGUGAAGGUUAUCUGCCGAAUGUACCUCCUAAAGUUUUUGAACUUGAAGGGCACAGAUAUCAGUGCGAUUCCUAAACAAAUCGGCAAGCUUGAGCAUUUAGAAGUGCUAGAUGUGCGUGAGACACACAUCCAUCAGGAGAUACCUGAUACAAUGACAAAUCUGCAGAAACUUGUGCGCAUGGAUUUGUGCAACCAGGGUGAUUGGCUCUCUCUGUGGCAUUUUCCCAAGGGGCUCUCCAAAAUGAAGGCACUGCGCGAAGUGGAACGUGCAAAGAUAGAUGAUGUUGCAGUUGCUGAAGAGUUUGGGGAAUUAGGACAACUACGUCGCAUAUAUUUGCUCGUUGACGCCCAGGGAGAUCCGAAGGUUGUCGAAGUGCUUGCGCUGUCCCUCAGCAAGUUAUACUCCCUCCGGACUCUCACCAUUGGCCGCAUUGGGUCCGAGGGCAACAAAAUGGACUUUAUUCUUGACCUUCCCUCGCCACCACGGCUCCUACGGCACAUAUGGAUCGAUGGCCAAAUUUCAGAAUUGCCAAACUGGUUGAGCGAACUAUCAUAUCUAAUUGCCUUUGGUGGUAGUUUUUUAAAUUUACGUGGUAACCAAUUGUAUGGUGUCCUUUGUAAGCUGCCCAACCUGCAGACUAUCAGCCUGGAGGGGCCGAAUUGCUAUGUCGACCAAAAACUUAUUGCACGCACUACCCACAACUUUGCAGUGUUGAGGACAAUAUCCUUGUGCUCAGUUCAUUGUGACAAUCCCGAAGUGAUAGAAUUCGAGGAAGGAUCCAUGGAUAAGCUUGAGGCUCUUUCAGUGAGGUUCUGUGGAGAUAAGAGGAGGAUCAUUGUUGGCAUCCAGCACUUGAGAAACCUUAAAGAGGUGCAGCUUAGAGGUAUGAGAUACAACACUUUUCUAAGCCAUGCAUUGGAGGGGCUGAUGGCCGAGAGUAACAGUCGCCCCAGGGACCGUCAAUUUAAGAUUGGAGUGAGGUACGAUUGA